UGCCCCGGCUCCCUGCCCGCAUUUGUUUGUCUCCAGCAGGAUGGAGCACAGAUCCUUGAGCCCUGUGGCCCUGGGGACGCAGGGUGCACCCAUGAGCCCAGGGAGACCCUCAGGACGGCCCAGGAUGCUGGGCCUGGGUCUUUGCUGCUCCGAUGGCUUGAGCAGAAUCUGGAGAAAGUGCUGCCUCAGCCCCCAAGGGCCUCCUCCCAGGACUGGAAGGAUGAGCUUGAGGAUGCUGCCUUGGACCCAGAGCCUCCAGGAUGUCCACUGGAAACACAGGCCAGGAUGCAGGUCCAGGACAGCACCUCCCCGCCUUCCCCACCCCCGGAAGAACCAGCUCCAGGGCCUCAGGCUGGCUUCCAGAUUUCCUCCCUGCCGCCUCCGAGGGACCCUGCCAGGUUGAUGGCCUGGUUCCUGCACCGGCUGGAAAUGGCUCUGCCUCAGCCAGUGCUCCACCAGAAGGCUGGGGAUCAGGAGCCUGACUGUCCUGGGACAUGUGACGUGCAGACCAUCAGCAUUCACCCUGGAGAACAAGUGGAGCCUGACCUUGUCCUGGAAGAGGUUGACCCUCACUGGGAGGACACCCACCAGGAUGGUGAUGGCAGCAGCCCAUGGGAGACAGAGGAAGUACCAGUUUAUGAAGAAGAGGACUAUGCCAUGGAGGAGGUGCCUAGGCAGCUGUCCCGGAUCCAAGAGGAGAGAGAAGAGGAGGAGGAGGAGGAAGGAGAGCAGGAAGAGGAGGAAGAAGAAGAGGAAGCUGAUGUCCUGCUGGAUAGCUAUCUGGGGGUGCAGGCAGACGUGGAUCAGAGUGAAGGAGAAGCCCAGGACCUGCGGGACUCAGACCAGGAGCUGUGGGAAGAGGAGGAAGAGGCAGUAACAGCUGAGAGCCCAGGAGUGCCUGCCACGAGAGAGCAUCCUGAGGUGCAGGUGGAAGACACAGAUGCUGACAGCCACCCCCUUGUUGUGGAGGAAAAGCCCCCAUCGCCCCCCAGGCUGCCACCACCAUCGCCUGGGCUGCCACCACCGUCGCCCACCAAGACUGACACCCUUACAGUCCCGCGCUCAGCCUCGGCGGCCCUCAGGAGGAAGCUGCCCUCUCUGGAUGAUGAGGCCGAAGAGCUCAAGGCGUUGUCACCAGCUGAGUCCCCAGUGGUGGCCUGGUCGGAGCCCACAUCCCCGCAGGACCUUGAUGGCCAGGAUCGGGCGGCCUCCACGGCCAGCCAGAACAGCGCCAUCAUCAACGACCGGCUCCAGGAGCUGGUGAAGCUCUUCAAGGAGCGCACGGAGAAGGUCAAGGAGAAGCUAAUCGACCCUGAUGUCACCUCCGAGGAGGACAGCCCCAAGCCAUCCCCAGCCAAGAAAGCUCCAGAGCCAGCCGCGGAAGCAAAGCCAGCUGAGGCACAGCAGGUGGAGGAGGAGCACUACUGCGAGAUGCUGUGCUGCAAGUUCAAGCGCCGCCCCUGGAAGAAGUACCAGUUCCCCCAGAGUAUUGACCCCCUAACCAACCUGAUGUACAUCCUGUGGCUGUUCUUUGUGGUGCUGGCCUGGAACUGGAACUGCUGGCUGAUUCCCGUGCGCUGGGCCUUCCCCUACCAGACGCCGGGUAACAUCCACCUGUGGCUGCUGAUGGAUUAUCUGUGUGACCUCAUCUACCUCCUGGACAUCGUCGUGUUCCAGAUGCGCCUGCAAUUUGUCAAAGGCGGGGACAUCAUUACAGACAAGAAGGAGAUGAGGAACAACUACCUAAAGUCCCAACGCUUCAAGGUUUGCACCCAGGAUGGCUGCGCGAUGGACGUGUUCUGCCUCCUGCCCUUGGACUUCCUCUACUUGAAAUUUGGUGUGAACCCCCUCUUUCGCUUGCCCCGCUGCUUAAAGUACAUGGCCUUCUUCGAGUUUAACAACCGCCUGGAAGCCGUCCUCAGCAAAGCCUACGUCUACAGGGUCAUCAGGACCACAGCCUACCUGCUCUACAGCCUGCACUUGAACUCUUGCCUUUACUACUGGGCGUCUGACUACCAGGGCAUUGGCUCUACUCACUGGGUUUAUGACGGCGUGGGGAACAGCUACAUCCGCUGCUACUACUUUGCCGUGAAGACCCUCAUCACCAUCGGUGGGCUGCCCGACCCACAGACCCUCUUUGAGAUUGUCUUCCAGCUGCUCAACUACUUCACGGGCGUCUUCGCCUUCUCCGUGAUGAUUGGACAGAUGAGAGACGUGGUGGGGGCUGCUACAGCAGGGCAGACCUACUACCGCAGCUGCAUGGACAGCACGGUCAAGUACAUGAACUUCUAUAAGAUCCCCAGGUCCGUGCAGAGGCGCGUCAAGACCUGGUAUGAGUACACCUGGCACUCGCAAGGCAUGCUGGAUGAGUCAGAGCUGAUGGUACAGCUCCCGGACAAGAUGCGGCUGGACCUGGCCAUUGAUGUGAACUACAGCAUUGUCAGCAAGGUGGCGCUCUUCCAGGGCUGUGACCGGCAGAUGAUCUUCGACAUGCUGAAGAGGCUCCGCUCUGUUGUCUACCUGCCUAAUGACUACGUGUGCAAGAAGGGGGAGAUUGGCCGUGAGAUGUACAUCAUCCAGGCGGGGCAAGUGCAGGUGCUGGGCGGUCCAGAUGGGAAGUCUGUUCUGGUGACGCUCAAAGCUGGAUCUGUGUUUGGAGAAAUCAGCUUGCUGGCUGUCGGGGGUGGGAAUCGGCGCACGGCCAACGUGGUGGCUCAUGGGUUCACCAACCUCUUCAUCCUGGAUAAGAAGGACUUAAAUGAGAUCUUGGUGCAUUAUCCUGAGUCUCAGAAGUUACUCCGAAAGAAGGCCAGGCGCAUGCUGAGGAAAAACACCAAGCCCAAGGAGGAGAAGAGCGUGCUCAUUCUGCCGCCCCGGGCGGGCACCCCCAAGCUCUUCAACGCCGCCCUGGCUGCAGCAGGAAAGAUGGGCAAGGGUGGGAAGGGUGGCAAGCUCGCCCACCUCCGAGCCCGCCUCAAGGAGCUAGCCGCGCUGGAGGCGGCUGCCAGACAGCAGCAACUGCUGGAGCAGGCUAAGAGCUCGCAGGACGCUGCUGCGGAAGAGGCAGGCUCGGCCGCACCGGACCAGCCCGAGGCUCCCUCGGAGGCCGCCCCCGACCAGCCGGCACCUCCAGAACCAGCAGAGAAGCCCGAGGGAGGUGAAGAGGAGGCUGCCCGGCCAGAGGAACCGUCCGUGCACAUCCGCAUGAGCCCCAGCCCAGAGUCCGGAGAGCAGAUCCUGUCGGUGGAGGUGCCUGAGAAAAAGGAGUGAGGCUGCGCGGGGAGCGGUGCACCUGUGGCGCUCGCUCGGGAGUCGUGCAGCAGCGCCCUCUGACGGAGACGCUAGUCAGUUCCACCAGGGGCUUUGCAAUCAAGCGUUCAUGCCCCGGCUUGGGAAUCCUGCCUCUCCCUGACUGGUAGUGUUUCUAAGAAUAAAACUAUCGUCCACCUGAAAGUUCCUAGGCAGUGCAAAAGACGGAGCUGACACCGCGAGAAGCUAGGGUAUGAGUGGGUCCCUUUCCCCAAAGUAUGAGUGCCACAUUUCAAGAACAACAAGCAUUUCAGCAGGAAGGAGCGGGGCUGCACAGGUGGGCAGAAUGGGGACUAGGGCUGCUCUGACCUGGGCUGGAGCCUGCCUGCGUCACCUUCUGCGGGCAAGCUGGGUAAGGGACGUGGUCGCCCUUACCUUGCAUAGACUCCACACGAUUCUCUGAUACAGUGGAAAUGGCUUUCUGGGCAAGGGGUCCUGA